AAUUCCACAAAUACAGACCAACAGCUUCCUCCGUUCAUUCCCGUUCAUACUCUGCAAAAUCAUAUUGGACAAGUCGACCCGUACUAGACACUCUUUUCCGUACUGGCAUCAGUGAAAGCUGCACACAUCACGAACACGACCUCUGUUACGACCUCACGCGACAUCUCUUUUCGACAUCCCGAUGGCCACAUCCGCGACGACCAUGCAUCUACUCAAUGAGUACUACGGGCCCUUUGCCUUUGCAGGUCCGGGCUGGGCGCAGGCCCUUCUUCCCAUUCCACCACAGGUGAGGGAGCUGGCCAUCCUCGAAGAGCAGCGAAGAGCAGGAGGCAGCUGCGAGAUCUUCCUGCGACUACCCAGUGAGGUAUGGACCCUGAUAGCGCAGGAGCUCUGCUGGAUGGGUACAACCGCAACCAAUGGGUCAGCAGCUUUGGCAAGCACUAGCAAGUUCUUCCACCACCUCGCGACUCCCGUCCUCUACUCGUCGCCUAUCCUUCGAGGACCUGCAGCUUUGAAGUCUCUUGUUACUACCUUGAGGUCAACGUCCAGACCCUACUCCCCUUUCAGCGACCUUCACUCUCCCAAAGCCAGCUACGUACACUCGCUGAGCCUGCAAGAUCUUUCGGCUCCAGACUGGCUGAUAGCCCAAGAGCUCGGCCAUCUCCUCGUAUCCUCUGCGCCUACUCUGACAAGUGCCGCGGAAGUUCGUAGAGGUAGACCCCUCCAUCGGAGGCGUACAAGCCGUGAACGUAUGCAGGUCUCACAACUGCGUCGCUACCCACUCCAAACCCUCUCCGUCGAAUGUGCAGGCCGCGAUUUGACGAACGCCAUGCCAUUCUUCCAACAGCUCGAUGUACUCGAGGCAUUCGAGUGGAACACCGCUCCCUGUUGGCUCAUCAGACCUGCUGAGCUGUUUACUGCACUCUUACUGUCGUGGCGCUCGAUGCACACCCUAUCACUCUCGGGCUUCCGGUGGGAUGAGACCUUCCUGACCUCGGUUCUGGGCCAUGGAUCCCUGCGCAAGCUGCACCUGGGCGGCCGUACGAUGAGCUCUUUGCGGGAAGAGACGCUGCGCGGUCUCCUGCUAGCAGUCGCUGAUAGGCCGGAGGAUCCAGCCGAUGCGGAAGAUGAUACCUUUGAGUAUGAGCAGGGGGACCAUAGUUAUGGGCAAUGGGACGACGAGGAUGAACCGAUGGCCUCAUACUCAGACUCGGGCUCGGCUACCUCAAUGUCCUCAUCCCCCGUAGGCUCACUGUCGUCCUCCGUAUCUUCGCUGUCCUUUGGUGGCCGAUCAGACGAUGGUAGCUCUAGUCGGGAGCGACGCUCUGUGGGUACACAUACCGCCAUCACCCCAAUGGGCAUCGCUCUCCCUCUGGUAUCGCUGCCACCGAAGGUGCGCCUGAGGCUAGACGAACUGAUCUUGGCCGAUCUUCCGCCGGGGAAGGGCACCACCUUCACCUCGAUCGCUGACGAGCAGGAAGAGCUCCUGUCCCGAUCUGGCCUCGAGCGGUGGAGAGUGCCUCAGGCCGAGUGGGGCAUGCCGGCAUCGACCCAAUCCUCGCCUGAGGAAGCACCGCAGCGACCGUCGCCUUACCCGAUACAGGCGCCGGCGUCAGGCCAGGGUGAACGAGGUCGAGCGUCUUGGCAAUAUGAGAUUCGCGAUUAUGGUCAGCAGCAGGAGGGGCGCGGGUGGAUGAAGUGGUCUCGGUCAUCUCUGAGCGUGGAAAGGGGCAGCACGGGCAGCUCGCGGCGGAGCAGAGGUGCUUGUUGGUAGGCUCAUCGGGGCGUGGCUAUCAUUGUUCGUGAUUAUAUCUCCAGUCAUUUGCUCUAUACGUGCACCUUGCAGUCCAGUCCCCACUUGGCGUCGCUCUGCCCAUUUAGCCCGC